AUGGGCACAAAGAAAAGGAGAUCCCGGGCUACCUGCUGUUCUGCCACCUUCCGAGCAUUUAGGCUCCCUAGGAUCUUUUUGAACACAAAACAUUGUUUGUUCCCAUGUCCCGACCCUCACCUUCAGGUUCGGCCGCUGGUUCGGAAGCCGGGCCGCCUUGUGAUCACACAGCAGCGGCUCUACUUCCAGCCACUGCACGCCAUCAGCAAAGUGGAGAGGGACCGAGCUGCUGACCUGCUGCUGAAGCUGCUGGGAGUGAGUGAAGCAGGCCCAGCAGCAGCGGCAGCAUCGCUGCUCGGCUCGCUCGCUUGCACUGCAAGCUGUCACAGGGCUGUGGCAGGUGGGGCAGUGGCAGGUGGGGCAGUGGCAGGUGGGGCAGUGGCAGGUGGGGCAGUGGCAGGUGGGGCAGUGGCAGGUGGGGCAGUGGCAGGUGGGGCAGUGGCAGGUGGGGCAGUGGCAGGUGGGGCAGUGGCAGGUGGGGCUGUGGCAGGUGGGGCUGUGGCAGGUGGGGCAGUGGCAGGUGGGGCUGUGGCAGGUGGGGCAGUGGCAGGUGGGGCAGUGGCAGGUGGGGCAGUGGCAGGUGGGGCAGUGGCAGGUGGGGCAGUGGCAGGUGGGGCAGUGGCAGGUGGGGCAGUGGCAGGUGGGGCAGUGGCAGGUGGGGCAGUGGCAGGUGGGGCAGUGGCAGGUGGGGCUGUGGCAGGUGGGGCAGUGGCAGGUGGGGCAGUGGCAGGUGGGGCAGUGGCAGGUGGGGCAGUGGCAGGUGGGGCUGUGGCAGGUGGGGCAGUGGCAGGUGGGGCAGUGGCAGGUGGGGCAGUGGCAGGUGGGGCUGUGGCAGGUGGGGCAGUGGCAGGUGGGGCUGAGGCAGGUGGGGCAGUGGCAGGUGGGGCAGUGGCAGGUGGGGCUGUGGCAGGUGGGGCAGUGGCAGGUGGGGCAGUGGCAGGUGGGGCUGUGGCAGGUGGGGCAGUGGCAGGUGGGGCAGUGGCAGGUGGGGCAGUGGCAGGUGGGGCAGUGGCAGGUGGGGCAGUGGCAGGUGGGGCAGUGGCAGGUGGGGCUGUGGCAGGUGGGGCAGUGGCAGGUGGGGCAGUGGCAGGUGGGGCAGUGGCAGGUGGGGCAGUGGCAGGUGGGGCUGUGGCAGGUGGGGCUGUGGCAGGUGGGGCAGUGGCAGGUGGGGCAGUGGCAGGUGGGGCAGUGGCAGGUGGGGCUGUGGCAGGUGGGGCUGUGGCAGGUGGGGCAGUGGCAGGUGGGGCAGUGGCAGGUGGGGCAGUGGCAGGUGGGGCAGUGGCAGGUGGGGCUGUGGCAGGUGGGGCUGUGGCAGGUGGGGCAGUGGCAGGUGGGGCUGUGGCAGGUGGGGCAGUGGCAGGUGGGGCUGUGGCAGGUGGGGCAGUGGCAGGUGGGGCUGUGGCAGGUGGGGCAGUGGCAGGUGGGGCUGUGGCAGGUGGGGCAGUGGCAGGUGGGGCUGUGGCAGGUGGGGCAGUGGCAGGUGGGGCUGUGGCAGGUGGGGCUGUGGCAGGUGGGGCUGUGGCAGGUGGGGCUGUGGCAGGUGGGGCUGUGGCAGGUGGGGCUGUGGCAGAGACCGGCCGCAUAUCCAACCGGAACUAUCUGCUCUGCUCUUCCUCAACCUAG